AUGCCUCCCUUCGAGGCGCGCCAGACCAAAAGGCCGCGAAUAUCGCUUAGUUGUCUCGUCUGCCGCCGUCGCAAAGUCCGCUGUGGCCGCGAGCACCCAGAAUGCGCCAACUGUGUCCGCAUCAAGGAGAAGUGUGCAUACCAACCCACGGACCCCAAUGAUUCGGCAGUCCAGGCUGUUCAAGUAUUUACUGAGGCCUCGGACCGCAAUGACAAUGGGCCGAGCACCGUCAACAAAGAGCCUACCUGGUCCCACUGGAUCCCCGAAGGAGCCGACGAUGGGAUCGGUACGCUCAAUUGUGAGCGGGCGGAUGCCGCUGUAGAGAAGGCAUCUCAGCCAGUAACCUCGUGUCAACCGGUUGUCCCGCCACUUGAUACUUCUAAGGCUGCUAGUCAUGGUGUAGGCAACACAAUGCCUGGUGCUAUACUCUGCACCGACUACCUUAGUCUACGGCGAGGUGGUCGCAGGCGAUACGUCGGCCAAGCCUUCUGGGGUUCGGUUGCUGGAAAGGAAAAUGAGAGUGACAAUUUCUUCGACAACAACCAAAACUCCAACCCCGAUCUUCCCCCCUCACAUAUAUCAGCUGUGGCACUGUUUGCUCUGCUGCGCUCUCUACCCACGAGGACCGCUAGCGACGCUCUUCUGGACAUAUUCUUCUACGCAGUGUGGCCGAUUGCCCCGAUCGUCCACCCGUCUACCUUGCGCGCAGAUUAUGGCGAGUUCUGGGAGUGGUGUGCGAAUAACAAAACCGCAUUGGCCCCAAGCAAGCUCAGCGACGACCCGACAUUUUUCUGCCUGUUGUUUGCUGUUUUAUACUGUGGCGCAUCGGCUGCUCCAGAGGCCUGCUGGACAUCUGGCGCCCUUCAGGGACUCCCGAAGGAGACGACCGUGAGCCAGCUCAGGGAAGCGUACGAUACCUCUCUUUCUCUCUGUCAGCACUUGGAACAUCCUACAAUGAACUCGCUUGUUUCGAUGUUGCUAACUUGGCCUUUUACGCCCGGCGCUCAUGAGCCAAUGCGCAAUGCACUUUCUGUCGGCACAAUAGUUCGACUCGCGCAGUCUAUGGGUUUGCACCGAGAAGGUAAUUUUGGGUCUGCAUUAGGAGCCGAGGAGCGCGAGAUCCGACGCCGUGUAUGGUGGUAUAUUGUCAGGCUCGAUGUGCACGCAAGCAUCUCCUCCGGCCUGCCUACAUGUAUCGGGAGCGAAGCAUUGGGUCAAGUUAAUAUGAUAUCUGAUGCAGGAGAAGACAAAGACCAUGAAGCUGCUGGACACUCGAUAGCUAGCAUGUUCUCCAUUGGCUGUGCACAAGCUGGUUGCCUGCAAUCAAGAAUCGCUGCAUGCGUGCAAAGUGGAUCUAAUAUGGCCGAGUAUAACCUCCGAGCGCAUCUCAUAGCAGCUAGGAAGGUCCAGGAAACGAUUGAGUCGCUUAUUUCCCGUAUCCCUGCGCAAGGGCUCCCGGAACAGGGAUUCAUCCCAUCACGUCUGGCAAAUGCCUCCCCACGCACCCACCCUUCACUUUUCAAGGACGAUUCAGCAGGGCUGCCGACAGUAUUUGGCGCAUGGGCACGCAUUAUGCUUACAAUACAAAAGAUUGACGUGGCUAUAUUACUCCAGAAGCCAUUAUUGCCGCCGCCAGAUAGUGCGAAUUCGCGAUCGUGUAAGUCAUGGUCGAGCAUCACCCAGCUUUGUGUGAGUUACCUGCGGGUCCUCCUAUUGCUGUAUCAAACGCCCGCAUUUGAGCCCUACAUGUGGUACUUGCGCGGAUACGAUGGGCCUCUUCAAUGCGUGUAUCUUACGAUAACAUACCUCGAUUCUUUCCCAGGCUCGAACGAGGUUCCGCUCGCGAGAUAUUUUGUUGACGAGGCUAUCGGAAAUCUUGUGUCGUAUUACCAGGCCAGCCGCUACUCAACAGGGGUGGAUACUGAUAGCCGGACAAGCUCACCAAAGGCGCAAACACCACUGGCCAUUCAAGUUCUUGCUGAGCUACACAGUCGCCUAGAUUUGACGACAGGUUCAGUUCCCUCAUCAAGGAAUCCAGAGGCAACCGCUCCUCAGAAAGUUCCACCAGCUACCCAAAAUCCUCCUCAUCUAGACACUGGCUUGCUCGCCGUCGUUGCUGCGCCUGAGCCGUGGCCAUCCUCGUUGAUUGUCUAA